AAAAAAACGUAAAUGUGAAUUUAAGGGGGAUAGUCUUGCAAGAUCAUGCCUUUUUUCAUAAACAGUCACAAGAUUCUAUGAAAACAAAGAAUAGCUAGAAAUUGAGAUGCGUCUUUCCUCAAAAAUCAGUUGAAACAUACACACAGCUUGUAAAGAAAAAUAACACACGGUAAAACUUGAAGCACCCGGCUCCAUGCGCUGGCUUACCGAACACGAAAAUCAGUUUACAAAUUUUCACCAAAACACUUUAACAUGCGAAUGCGUCAAAAUUGACGGUAAAGAUUUGCUUCAUGCCAUUACAUCUAAGAAGGAGAACGUAUAAACGCGUUCUAAAGAGAACCCUUUGAAUAAGCAAAAGCGACUAGUUUGAUCUUUACCACUUUUUUCUUUUCUCUGUUUCGAACUGGAGCCCGCCAAAACUUGUCCUCGAGCAUGAGUUUUAUCUUCAUAAAAGAACUCGUCUUGCUGCAACCUUCAUCCUUUCCUACAUCUAUUUAUCCAUUCUUCUCCCAUCAAACAAAAGUAGAAAAAACGAGAAAAAUAUGGCCUUAGCACUUCGUUCUUCGACUUCAUUCAUCAAUCUAAAAGACAACAGAACAACAUGUUUCAAAACUCCCAACGAUUUUGAUUUUCCCAGCACGGUUAGCUUCACACAAACAAUCAAGCCAUCUUCCCAUCUGCUGCGCGCAAAGAACUCGGCACAAGAAGCUCAAAUCUUUCACCCGGAAAAAUCACCCGAACAGAGAGAGAAACUUCACGCCAUGUCAGCACCUCAUAGGGCCCACAGAAACAAUAGCCCAAAAACGAGUGUGCCCGUUUUCGUCAUGCUGCCCCUCGACACAAUCUCCAUAGCCGGUAAUCUGAACAAACCAAAGGCCAUGUUAGCUAGCUUGAUGGCCCUGAAAGGCGCUGGAGUCGAAGGAAUUAUGGUAGACGCGUGGUGGGGACUUGUCGAGAAAAACGGGCCCCACAAGUACAACUGGGAAGGCUAUGCCGAGCUUGUGAGAAUGGUCGAGAGGCUCGGUUUGAAGCUUCAAGUCGUCAUGUCAUUUCAUCAGUGUGGAGGCAAUGUUGGUGACAAUUGCAGUAUUCCCCUGCCUCCAUGGGUGCUUGAGGAGAUAAGCAAGAACCCGGAUCUCGUAUAUACAGAUAAAUCGGGCAGGCGUAACCCGGAGUAUAUAUCGUUGGGCACCGAUUUGUUGCCCGUUCUAAGAGGAAGAACACCGAUUCAGGUCUAUUCCGACUACAUGAGGAGCUUUAGGGAGAGAUUUCGUGACUACUUGGGACAUGUUAUUGUGGAGAUUCAAGUUGGGAUGGGACCUUGUGGGGAGCUCAGAUACCCAUCCUACCCCGAAAGCAACGGAACCUGGAAAUUCCCCGGCAUCGGAGAAUUCCAAUGCUACGACAAGUACAUGCGCGCUUCGCUGGCAGCUGCCGCGUCAGCAAUCGGCUGUGACUCGUGGGGCCUUUACGGGCCCCACGACUCCGGCGGCUACAACCAUUCCCCAGAGGACACCGGUUUUUUCCGGCACGACGGCACAUGGGUCAGCGACUACGGCCACUUCUUCCUCGACUGGUACUCCCGAAGCCUGCUCGAGCAUGGCGAACGCGUUCUCGAGCCCGCCUCGCAGAUAUUCCGAGGCACGGGAGCAAAGCUCUCGGGCAAAGUCGCGGGCGUUCACUGGCACUACCGAACGAGGUCCCACGCGGCCGAGCUCACGGCCGGCUAUUAUAAUACUCUUGGCCGAGAAGGUUACCUCCCAAUCGCGCGCAUGCUGGCUCGUUAUGGAGCUGCGCUCAACUUCACGUGCAUGGAGAUGGGGGACGGGGAGCAGCCGGGAGGGGCCGGAGCCUCGCCGGAGGGGCUCGUCCGGCAGGUACGGGCGGCGGCGGUGGCGGAGUUUGCCGGGGAGAAUGCGCUCGAGAGGUAUGACUCGAGGGGUUUUGCCAGGGUGGCGGAGGGGGGUGGGAGGAUGUGCGGGUUUACGUACCUGAGGAUGAAUAAGCGGCUGUUCGAGGCGGACAGCUGGAGGAAUUUUGUGGAGUUUGUGAGGAGAAUGUCGGGUGGGGCAGGGGUUGGCUGCCUGGCGGAGGACAGGAUGGGGACGGAUCUGUAUGUUGGGUUCGUCGGGCAGACGGGUGUGAGUGUGAGUGAAGCUGAUGCUGAUGCUGCCCUUGUGUAA